AUGUUAGAACAACAGCUAACAUCAUGGCAUGCUGUGGCAAUAUACACUAUUGUAUUGUUCUUGUGUUUCUUUCAGUCAUGCCAAGCAACCAUGGCUGAUCCAAAGGAAACAGUAUCCCAUACUUGGAAAGAAGUAUUUCAGGUUCUAGGAUUCAAUUUGACAUUAACCAGAGAAGAAAGAGUUCCUAUAGUAAAUGCAACCCCAUUUCCGGACCCAAAUCAGCCAAAUCAGGUUGCAUUCUCCAAGGACGUACCUCUAAACCCGCCUCACAGCAAGUUCAAAUCAUUCAUACGACUCUAUGUCCCUGUGGAACUCCCACAACAAACUAAACUUCCAAUUAUCAUCUUCAUACAUGGAGGUGGUUUCGUGGAACUUAGCCCUGCCAGUUUGGGAUUUCAUGAUCUCUGCAAUAAUUUGUCAGCUCGGGUUCGAGCUGUGGUAGCCUCUGUUAAUUACCGGCUGGCCCCCGAACAUCCCCUCCCGGCAGCUUACGUAGAUGCCUUGGAUGCUAUUUCAUGGGUUCAUUCCCAGGAAAAAGUUAGCUUUCAUCGCGAUCUAUGGUUAGAACAGUUUGCUGACUUUUCAAGGGUUUUCAUAAUGGGCAGCAGCGCAGGUGCCAACAUAGCUUACCACGUCGCCCUCCGUGCAAGUGAAUUUGAUCUACGACCGCUAAAAAUACAAGGGGUUCUGUUAAGUCAGCCUUUUUUUGGUGCAGUUGAAAGGACUUCAUCAGAGCUUAGACUUAUUGAAGAUAGAUACCUUCCUUUAUAUAUGGCUGAUGCCUACUGGACACUAGCAUUGCCAUUCCAAGCCAAUCGAGAUCAUGAAUUUUCCAAUCCAUUCAGUCGUGGGUUUGAGAGAGUCCGACGUGUGCCAAGAUGGUUUGUGAAAGAUGAUGAAGGAGACCCAAUGAUCGAUCGGGCCAGGGAGCUUGUAUGCAAGUUAGCGGUAAAGAAAGUGCCAGUGGUUUAUCGAUUUUAUCCAGGAGGUUUUCAUGGUGUAGAAAUGGCAAAUUUAUAUGACAGCAGCUCUUGUCCUUUUUCAUGA